AUGGGAUGCCUUUGUUGUUGCUGUAAAAAACCAUAACCAGUUAAAAUAGAGGAAAAAGUAGAACCUCCUAUUGAUAUAUAAGCUUUGUUAAGAAAGUAUGCUCAUCUUGUAACAGAAUGGGUUGUAUAGGAGAAUGAAACAGAAAUACUUAAGAUUAUCAAUGAAGGAUUUUCACCUGAUUUAAUAUUUGAUGCUGGUGGGUAUGAGACUACCAUUUUGAUUUUAACGAUAGCAUUCAAAAAAGAUAAAUUAACUCAAGCUGUUUUAAAUUAUCCUCAAAACCUUAACGUAGUAGUAAAACCAAAUAAUGAUUCUGCUUUAGUGAUGGCAAUAUCGCAUAGAAAUGUACAUAUUACUUAGCUUCUUUUGUAAAAAGGGGCAAAUAGGAAUAUUUUAGGGCCUGAAGGAAAAAGUCUAGUCGAACUAGCAACAAAAUAAUUAAAUUAAUGUAAAGAAUCGAACGACGAAUAAGGAGUUCAAGUUAUGGGAGAGAUAAAAAAUAUGUUACAAAGCUAUCUUUAAAAUUGA